AUGAGAGGAGACGAAAGACUAGGCCGAUUUUUGGUCAGGGCCUGGGUGACGCCUUUGUUUUUUUUUCAGGUAUCCUUCAGUGCGAUCAAUGUGUUCAUACGCACUUUGUGUUACGUCGAAGUUUUAAUACAAACCGGUGAAAAUGAAUACAAGAUUGUGUCUUGGAACAUCAUUAUUCUUACAAUCAUCUGGCUUUUAAAAGACAUUGUUCUUGUAUUUUUACAAAAUUUCUUUAGCGAAAAGUUCUACAUGACUGUUGAGAAAGCUGAGACUACAUGCAUACUACUUAUGAAGAACAAAAAUUGCACACAGAAUGAAAAACGGCUGUAUAAGAAAGUGCUUUGGGAGAAACGGACGUUUAACAAGAUGGCAAUUUUAGGCGUUUCUGUUGGCGCUCUACUACCGAUCAGUGUAGUUGCACAUAUUCUGUUCCACACCGUCGAUACAUUUUUCCGUUGUUUGUUCUACUUCACGCUAGUGCUGCAAGUCCUGACAAUGUUGGAUAAUGUGCAAACUGACAGAAGGGUCGUAAUUCUAUCAGUGUCUCUGGUAUUGUCAGUUGUGUGGCUAUCAAAAGACGUCAUGUUAGUGAUGAUACAGAGCAUGCAGUGUGAGAAGUUUUACAUCACCAUAGAAAAAGCAGAAACCGCCUGCAUACAACGGUUGAAGAAUAAACAUUACUUGGAUUGUGAAAGAAAUCUAUGUAAGGAUGUGGUACAAUUGAAUCGAGUGUCCUUCAGUAAGAUGAGCGCGUGUGGCCUGUUUUACAUCGACGGUACGCUGCCGCUACAGCUCAUGGGGAUCCUUACCAAUUAUAUUGUAGUUAUACUGCAGACUAUGUUCCUGUAA